GUUAAUGCAUUUACGAAAAUGAUGCAGCAUAAAAUGAGACAAUACUGUACAUUGUGUCAACGAGACUGCAGAUACAUAUGUGUGUGAGAGCGUGCAGAUGAGUGUGGUUGGGAAGAAAAACAAAAGAACACUGUGAAAUCAGACGUACAGAUUGGAGUUUGCAGUUUGAGAAAGUGCGGUGGAAAUACUCAUCGUUACUCGCAUGAUUUUCCCACAGAAGCCGAAGGGUAACAAUACGCACUGACAAUUUGUCUCGUAGAUUGCAAAAGGCAGUGUUUUCGUUUGACGGUCGUACAAUAUUAAGGUAAAAGAAGCUUUUCGGCAAAUUGCGAGCGAAUAGAGUGAAUUUGUACCAGCUAGAGUACUGGAACGCAUUUGUCCAGGUGACGCGAUGAGGAAAUGAUUCAUGCUUCUCCGAACGUCGAUCUGCACGGAAGUGAAACUAGCAUCCGAUCGGUUCCUUCACUAGUUCCACCAUCACCGGUGACGUGGUGGUUUCAACGCGAAAACACGGACCAACCUCGGGAGCGGCAAGAACAGCUCGGAUAUACCGGCUGUCUGGAAGCUAUUUACAGUACCGCACUGCUUUACCUACACGAAACGCUGGAUCACCUCGCUCUAGUGCUACUAGCCUACAGCAUACUAUGUGUCGUACUGUACCGGGUGCUGUUUCACCGUGCGACCGGUUCAGCAUACGGCCGAUGGUUGGUGCGGCGAAGCCAUUUACCGCCUUGCAGUCGUGCCCUGCUAGUGACCGCACAUCCCGAUGACGAAGUCAUGUUCUUCGGUCCGACCAUACUGGAGUUGCGGCGCCGGCAGUGUCGUGUAUUUAUUCUCUGCCUUUCCGAAGGUAACCACGACAGGAAAGGAGCUGUUCGGCGUCAAGAACUAUGGGACGCAUGUGAAAGUUUGGGCGUACGGCCCGAAGACAUUACAUUGGUGAACGCAACACACCUUCAGGAUGAUCCGACAGCCGAAUGGAAGACCGUUACGAUCGCCGACCAGCUGCUACGCCAGCUUGAAUCGCUCGAUGCGGAACUGUUGAUCACGUUCGACAAAGACGGCAUCAGCGGGCAUCCGAAUCAUUGUGCAAUUUAUUAUGCGACGGCGUCGCUCUGUCUUUCCGGAAUGAUACCGAGCAAUUGUAAAGUAUUAACAUUAGAAACAGUGAACCUGUGCCGAAAGUAUUUGUCAAUAUUUGAUCUUCCGGUAACAUUGCUCCUGUCUACCAAUUGGGUCAUUCUUAGCUGGAGGGCUCGCCGUGCUAUUCAAAAUGCGAUGCGUUUACACAGCUCCCAGAUGGUGUGGUUUCGCAAGCUGUACAUAGUUUUCUCCCGCUACGUAUUGAUCAAUUCAUUGCGCGAAAUCAACAAAUCCGACGUAGAGUUUGAAAUCUUGGACACCUGAACAACUACCACCGGACAACAAAACACUCGUUGGAGGUCGGAUAUGAUUAGUAUAGUGUGUGCACCCCAAAGCUUCCACGCUUCUUCCACCAGCGGGACCACCGUCUUUAUAGAAAAACGAACACACUAGCUGCAUAGGGAAGGAAGAGAGGAAAAAAACAAAGGAUAAGGAACGUUCCUAGUUGCAAAUGAUGAUAAAUGAUAAGUAAGAUGCGCUUUCGCUAGUCUUCGUUUUUAUGUACUUUACCCCAUAAGUAGUUGAAUGCGAGCAGUGUCCGUUAGGCUGAUGCGGAUAAGCAAACGUUUGGGCCAAUCGCGAUGGUAGCAAUUGUCCAUAUAGACAUUUUAAUCGAAUUAUUUGUUGAGCUCGGUUGCAUUGAAUUCAAAUUUCUUGAACAUUACUUGAUAUGCAAACGAAAAGUAUCAGUAGAACUUAUGCUGUUUUAGCAAGCUGUAUAGAAAGAAUCUGCUACCCGACCUACUUCCGUUAAGCGUUAGUUUUCUGUAAAAAGAAUUCGUUAUUGAAAAGCAAACACUUUUCGUUAUAGUUUUUGGAACAUUUCUUGGAAAUUAUGAACUUUUAGAUAAUAAAGCUAACUGGAAAUUUAAUGAAUAAAUCUUUAAUUCGAUACAGGUAGCAGGUAAGGACGCAAUUCAUUAGUUAGCUGCUAGAAAUUAAACUUCCUAUUGAUUCUUUCGCAACAAAUUCCCCUUUUGUGUACGUUGUCUAUCUAUGAUAGAUGAAAGGAAACCCUUUACAAACGAAA